AUGGCUGACCCCAUGAUGAACCAACAGCAGAUGAUCGAGCAGGGGGCGCACGCGCCCAUGACCAACACGGGCCUCGCCAUGAUUCAGCUCAAAGUGCAGGGCGCGAGCCUCUCAGCGAUGAAAUGCAGCGACCCGCGCGACCCGCAGGCGGAGCAGUUGCUGUGGCACGACUUCCAGGACUUCGAGAACGUGAACCUACGCCCUGGAACGUACGCUGUGGUGAAGUGCUGGGGCGAGGACUUCUUGCGCAUGCUCGACGCAGAGCCCGCUGCGAUGGGGGAAGCUUGUGGACACGCGGGCCUGGCGGCAAUGAUGCCUGUGAUCUUCGCUGGCGAGGUGGAAAUCAACGGUGACAUGCAGCUGGCGGCCUGGACGAACGUAUCUGGUACAUAUCAGGUGCCGUCGAAGCUCGUGAAGCAGUCCUGUCUUCCACCGAACUUGUUCUGGGAGUUCGUGGACCGCGAGAAGUUGCCAGAGAUCCCCGACCAUGGCCACCUGAAGUUCCUGCGCGGGGGGAACGCGCUGCGACCGCCCGCUGCGACAGCCAGCGCGCCCUCCGAUGACAGUAUCGACCGAGCACUCUCGCAGAUGAUUGGCGACAGCCUGAAGAGCGAUACCCGCGCCGACGAGGAGCCGCCCGAGAAGCGCCAGAAGACCAACGCGGACUUCGUCAAGAGCUUGCUCUUCGCGUCGACUGCCGGUUCUUCGGGUGAUGGGUUGUCUACGCUGGGAAUGGCGCGGCCUGCAGAGGCUCCAGAGGCCCCCGCGGUGGUUGAGGCCGUCACGAAGGACCCCAUGAAAACGGCCAGGGAGAUAAUGGAUAAGGUGGCGAAUGACUUUGCGGACUUGCCGAAAGACAAGAGGAUCCUCGCCGGUUUGGUGCGAUACCUGAGCGAGGCACCCAUCUCCAACUACGCUCUCUCCAACCACCACCGCCUCACCAUGCUCCUCAUCAUCGAGGGCGAUCGCUGGCGGGCGCAUUCGAAGGGGUGCUUCUACUACACGGGCGGCUGCUGGGACCAAGUGGAAGCAUUCGACAUCAAGGGCUGGGACUACAUCACGGCGCUGGAGGGCGCGUUCGCGAAGAUUGGCGGCGCUGGCGUGGACGACUACAAGUGCCCCGAAUGGAAAUGGCCCGCGCUGCAGGGCGUUGUCGGCCAGAUGCUUCGCCAGGACGCCGUGACGCUCGCCACGCUCUGCAACGGCGCGAAGGAGCAUUCGGACGCCCUCAAGAAGGCCACCGACAACAAAGGAUGGAAAGGCAACUGGGCGUUGAGGGCGGUGGACAUGAUGUGCACGUUCAAGGCCGCAGUGGACAGGGGGACGACGCGCACCCCCCUAACCGUGCUCUUCCUUAAGACGUGCGACGCGCCCAAGCCCAGAUCCCAGGGCGUGACGUUCACCGAUUGCUACCUGGACUCCAACUGGGAUCUAGCCCCCCCACGUCCCGAGAACGACUGCUACAUGCGCGUGCCCUACCAGUUCUUCUGGUCGGAGGAGGACGCUAAAGCAGCGGGGGUCGACGCCGCGAAGUGGGACGAGCAGUUGUCGGUGUUCUUGAAGGGCCUGUACUAUAAGAACGAGGCAGUGUUCCAACUUGAGCUGGCGUCGCUGAAAUUGGCGUUCCUGCGAGUGAACUCGGCCAAGAUGAACUUCAAGAUCGGGCACGGAGGGGGCGGCGAGCACAUGGGGGCCACCUUGCAGCGGAACCUCGUCGGCGAAGCGAACGCCCACUACCUCGACUGCGGCGUCUCCUACGAUCGGUCGGAGUGGCGGAAGUCGGGAGGGGCAGCGUGGAACAAAUCCAUUGUUCGCAUACAAGAGUGCGACGCCAACGCCCACAUGGUGUCCGACAUAUGGAAGCGCUUCAUUGUCGGGGAGGAGCUGUCGUGCCGCGUCAACUACGGGUUCACCGUGCAGAGGACCUUCGGCGAAUGCAAAAAGGACCAGGAGCUGAAUUACGAGAACAUUCCAGUUCUGGAGGAGACAGGGACGUCGCGGAAGAAAUUGUGCGAGCAGUUGGAGCGGCGGAUCAUAUGUUCCCGCAUGGGGAAGGCGACGUUCGUGCACAAUGAGGAGGACGUGUGCCACGAGGAGGGCCGCUUCUUGAAGAUCCCACAGGACACGUUGGACGAGUUCCUGUCGCACCCGUGGGUCGCUGCCAGGUUCGCUCACAAGUACUUGCGCCCCUUCGCCAAGCAGUACGCGGCCCACAACUCGCUUGUGAUGCUGGACAACAUCGAAGCAUUGAGCACGGAGAUGUACAGGGAUCUUGUCUGGCUGGCUUCCAGGCUCUCCGGCGGCGUCGACCCGCCCCCCGAGGACGGCCAGCCGACAGACGCGGUCGAGAGGAACUUGAUUGUGUCGGCCCACGCGAGCACGCCCAUGAAGGCCGUCGUCAAGGCGUACCUCAUUGAGAACGUAGACUGCAUACCUGGGACGCGGAAGCCAGGGAAGAAGGGCGCCUCAAAGUGGCAAAACCUCACGGCCGCCAUCGGGAAGUCGAACCUGCGCCUCUUCACGCAGUGCGACACCAACGCUUUGAGGAAACUCAUGGUUAACUACGAGAAGAUGAUGCAGACGUGGGAGGCAUGCGGCGGCGCGGAUGUGUUCGAAAAUUGGGAAGACUGGGGCAAUCCAUUCGACAACAUUGACAACACUUCUACGCUCGUUGCAGGCGGCUGCGUCGAGUGGUACGCAAUGAUCCUGGAGCACUUGACUACUCCCGUGACGCGGUUCGAUGGUGUGUCUACCACAAAGACCAGAUGCGUUGAGAUGCCUUCUUUGGUUGAGUUGCAGGAGUACGCCAAGGGCAAGACGGAUCGGCGCCAGGCUGUCCUCGACGCGUACAUCGCGCGCUGCCUCCCUCACUACGACAGCGCCCAGCGGACGGUCACUCUGCCCAUGGACUACUACAUCCCACUACCAUAUGGACGCUCGUUGUGCCGAGGGGUCGGUGGACAGAAGUUCACUCGUGAGGCACGGGACGUCGCCUUCCCCGACUACAUCGAGAGCGAUUCUCCGUGUUGCCACCCGCGUUUGUUCAUGAAGGCUCUGCAGGAGCGCGGUCUGUGGAACAAGAACAGGUUCCCCAUGAUCCACAAGUUCUGCGCCGAGUACAAGAAGUGGCGCGAGGCCAUUGCCCAGUACCUGGACAUCUCCAUUGACGAGGCCAAGGUGGAGCUGAUCAAGCUAUUCUACGGUUCUUGCACGCAUCUUCCGUGGAUACUGAAGCUCUCAAGCGAGAUUAUCGACGGUGCCCACUUGUUGCUCGCUUGCGCGGAGUUCGCCGAGUACAACGUGCUCUACGCCGACCGCCCGAGCCCCGUCUUCAGCAGGAUCGCGGCCAUCCUCUCGCACAUGGAGAACACUGCGUUGAUGAUUAUGCUGGGCGCUGUGCGGACGGCAGGAAGCAUCAGCGAGGUCCUCCUCUUCGACGGGCUCCUCGCGAAGGUGGUGGACUUCCUGGGAGAAGCGAUGGUGGCGGUAGCCGUGGCCGAGGCGAGCGCCGCCGCAGGUGUACAAUUCCACAUAAAGUCGUGGCCGCGCGUGGACCAGCACGUUCGCUUCGCAAGGGCCGUGCUUCGCGACUCACGAACGGCGGUCGUUCGGAGGGGGCGCGGCGAACGCCAGGUGGUCAAUUGCAUCGUCUCGGUGGCUGAUUGGGCACAGCUGUCUCCCAAGACCGCGCUCGACGAGGAGAGCGCGACCAUGACGGUCAAGGAGUUCAACGAAUCCGAACUGGACCAUUCCCAGCGCGAUGCGACAAAGAUCCCUCAGUUCACCAAGGAGACUAUGGACAGCGUCUUCCGCCGCGACAAUCCCGAGGGCACUGUGUACGGCGUCAUUGAGGUUCAGCCAGCGCCUGCGCCUGCGCACUGCCACGGCGUCAGGAUCUUGGAGGGCGGUUGCGUGGGGCUCUGGGGCCCGACGGCUCCUUCAGUGGAGAUGCAGUUGCGCAUGGCCGAACUGGAGGCGCUCGCGGAGGGCAGAGAUUUGAAGUGGUUUUCCUUGAAGACGGUGCAUGCGGACGCGGGCUUGCCGACUGACGGGGACGACGCGUGCGUGAUGCCAGCCGCGGGUGCCGAUGAUCUGUUCCAACCAGGACCUGGUCUGCAGCAGGCUGUGGACACAGAGGGCCCCUUCGAGACGCAUUUGUGGGAGUGCGCCCACUGCGGUGCCAAGUUGAAGCAAAGCACGGGCAUGCCAUCUCGUUCCGACAUCUCCUGCAGGCUGUACGACCUCCACUGCACCACGGAGAUCUCGGUGAGGACGUGGAAGUGCACGAACAAAACUUGCGAGAUCACCUACGGGCCGAACUUCAUGUGGGUCGGCGGCGACAAGGUCAAUACGGCGACGCUGGCGGAUUUCGAGCAGUCGGGGGUUGUUUUCGUGAGCAACCAGAGGGCGUUCACCAUGCGCUACUUGAGGUACCACGAGAAGCUCAUGUUCCGUUCCUUCACCACCGCUCGCGGCAUCGACUGGGUCACCAAGGAGACCUUCUCGGACAAGGCUGAGGACGGGUACGGCAAAGAAUUCGUGACCGAUUACAGGAAGCUCCACCUCGACGCCCUGAUGUACCUGAUCGCUGUGCAGGAGAUGGAACCGAUCAAAGAGCACCGCGGCAUCAUCAUUGGCAAGGAGAUCACCGACGAUACCUUCUCCAAGUUGGACAGCUACUACCACAGGAACGUGUUCCCCGAUCCGCGUCCGAAGAAGAUCACUGUGCUCGUCGGGGGCGGACGCGAGAAAGUUCUCACGAAAUGCAACGACGAGGAGAGGCAGAAGCGCGCCGUGCGCAGGAGGCCAGCAGCGGCGAAGGGGUCGAUGAAGAGGGUGCGCAAGACCGCCAUCAAGAAGCACGUCCUGAAGGUGAGGCCCGCCGCGAAGAAGAAGUCUGUGGUUCUCAAGAGGCCGUCCGCCGCGCCAGUGCGCAAGAGGCCGUCUGCCGCUGCACCCGGCAAGGGGGCGUCCGCCGCGGCCAUUCGGAAGAAGGCGCAGUGCAAGAGCAGCAGCAAAGCAGCCCGCCACAUGCACCACAACCACGGCUGGUUCAUGGUUCUCACCCCUGAUGGGCGCAUCGUUGCCGCAGUCGAGCAGAAGAACCCAGAGGGCAACGGCGUGGCGGCAGAAGCCUUGACUCGCGCUCUCAAGAAGCACCCCAACGUGAACACGUUCGUUUACGAUCGGUGCUGCUCCUUCUACGUGUCAGCCCAGAAGUUGCCUGCCUUCAAGAACAUCAAGUACUGGGCCGUCGACUUGAUGCAUGCGAAGGGGCACGCCCGCAGCUGCCCCUGCAACCCGUACCACAUUAAGCGAUUGAGCCGCCGCCUGACCGGCAUCAACACGCAGGUGGCCGAGCAAUCCUUCUCGUGGUUUAGGGGCUACGCGCGCCCGCUCAACGAGAUGGUCCCGCUGAGGCACAAGCUCUGCGUGCUCUUCUUCGCCAAGCUUCACAACAACUACGUGGCGGAGCAAAACAUCGAGUACCUGCCGCCGACGGGCAGCCUCAAGACGACGCAGGGAACGGGCGGGCACUACGGAUGCGCUUAG